AUAAUGAUAUUUCAUCUGGUAUCUCAUGCCAGGAUAAGUUCAUUGGUCAACGCAAGUGGGCGUUUCUUAAAAUAACUUGAUAAAAGCUUCGACCUUGCCUGGAUCCGUUUUACUUGUGGUUAUUUCUAGCUCUAGAGAGAACAAGUUACAAUUUGGUAUCUAAUAAGUUCGUGUUUUUCUGUGCUACCGUUAUAAAGACUUUAAAAUGGCAACGUACGUGAUUUUGGGAGUUAUGGUCAUGGUAAUGUGUGUCAAUGGAGGCAGUGACCGCUACGUUAAAGAUAAAUGUGAGGCCAAGUUGGAUCAUGGACCUUGUAGGGGACGUAUGCCAAGCUGGGGCUACGAUACCGAGCUUGAACAAUGCAGAGGGUUUAUCUAUGGUGGUUGUGGAGGCAAUCCUAACAACUUCCUGACUGAAGAAGAAUGUAUCGAGAUGUGUGAACAUCCCCGUUCAUGUUUCGAUGAAGAAGACAAUAUGUGGUACUAUCAUCAAGAGUCUACGAACGGCGGAGCCGGAUGUGGCGGAUGCACUUGCAACGAUGGAUUGUUCGAAUGUUCCAGCUGCAAUUUAAUCCCUUUGGUGUGCGCUAAGAUCAAUUGUGAGGAUAAAUGCCGCUAUGGAUCCAAGAUUGACGAGAUGGGAUGCGAGACAUGUGACUGCAAACCCGAACCAGGCCACCUUGAAAGUUUCAGUUUCUACUGUAAAGAAGUGUGUAACUUCUGCCGGGUCAACACUAAAGUAAAGUGUCCUCCACAGUGUAGUUGCUACAACAAGAUAUAAGUUUAGCUUGAACUUUACAUGUUAACCAAUGUAAUCACUGUAUUUACAAGUGCCGUAUACUUCAACUAUUAAACAAAAUGGCAAUGAACAUAAAGCUGAACUUGUAUGCAGACUACAACAUUUUCCAUUUUUAUUUUGGAAUGUGGUUGGACACCGGUAAGGCAUCAUCUUUUUGUUUCAGUAGUAUAAGUAAACAACAAUAAUGAACAUUAUAAUUUCCUAGUGAGUUUUUUUCAACAGAAAAUUGUAGCUUAUUGUUUUGCUUUAUCAAUAACUGGCCUAAUACUUGUUGGCUAUGUCAUAUCCAUCACAAAAUCAUUUCAAGAAUACCAGUUUGAUUCCUGGAUUAGAAGUGGUCAGCUUCUGUUGUUAUUUAUUUUCAUUAACUUGUUGGUUUGGUUUUCGUGACGGUGGUGGCGAGACAACUCCAACAAUAGAGGGCGUUCGAUAUUUGCAGUGAGAAAACCGUUUUCGAAACCACGGCUUUGGUCUUGGGCGCUGGCUUGUAAGUUAAUUUGAAACGUGUGCCUUUCGAUAGCCUGAGCCUGAGCCCAAAGCCGGAGCAGUGGCGAAAAGAGUCAUUGUAUUUGUUUGAUAGCGACUUGUGUGGGGUCCCUUGAAAAGUCAGUUUAUUGAACCGUGCACAGAGCUGUAAAAUGUUUAGGCUAUACCACA